AUGGCAGCAUGCGUGGAAGGUAAACGCCUCCGUGGUGGAGUGGUUCUGUUUGGUGGCCGUCUCCACCAGCAUUACGAGGAGUUUUUUUCUCAAUGCGCACCCACUGUGCAGUUGUGGCUCAUGCGAAGCAGUCGUGAAGUGGUUCCUCGUGUCAACGUCGCUGGCAUCAUUUGCCCAGUUUGUAACAUGAACUCCACUAUUGCCCGCCUCCACUAUGUCAUGCAUCACAGCACAGCUGACUACCUUCUGUCGCCAAUGAACUCGAUGUGGUCAACGCAUCUCGAAUGCCAUGAAGACCACCUGCUCCACCCGUAG